AUGGAGGAAGUCUUGGGCGAAUACAUUCUCAACAUGUCCCGAGACAAUCUCAAAAUUGCCGCACUCAAGGGACAAAUCAAACUCGAAAAGGUACAGCUCGACGGUGAUCUCAUUGCCUCGCACGUACUCGGUGCCGUGGGACUGUCCGGUUUUGGGGUGCUCAGCUGCGCCGCCGAAACGAUCCAGAUCCAUGUGCCCUGGAACGCACUCGAGACCGAACCGACUACUCUAGAAAUCAAGGGCGUACAUCUGGUGUGCGUCCCACUCACGGCCGCCACGGCACACCAACGCUACGGAGGUACCGGGCGGGGUAGCGGUAGUAGCAAUAGUAAUACUACUUCUAGUAGUAGUACAGCCUUGGACGAUCCCCGGUGUACCCUCCGGACCCGCGCCAAGCGACUCGUCCUGGCACGGUUGGAACGAAAUUUUUGGAAUGGACAAAUACCGGAUGAAGGUCCACCCAUGAAACGGAUUACCCGGGCAGUACGGGAAAUCGAGCGAGAUUGGAAAAAGUCUUCCCGACGAAGGAGGAAACGACAAUCCAGCGCGAAUCGGCAAGCACAGUCAGGGAACGCCAACAGCGCUGACGCGGAAGAGGCUUUGGACAGUUUGGUACACGACUGUAUGAGUGAGACAACCGACAGUUCCUUUUUCAGCGACGACGAUGACAGGGCGCCGGCAGAUUCCUUCUCGGUGGACGAUCUCCCCGAGGUGCCACGCGACUGGAAGGUUAAACUGCGCGAAAAGGUCUUUCGGAAUGUUGAGGCGACUUUGCAAGAUGUGCACAUUCGUUGCGAAGUCUCGGCGCAUGGGUUAGACACGGUAUACCAGCAGCACUCCCGACCGGCGACCGCCGAGCCAUCCUUCGUCCAAAAGCAACCCGAAGAACGAGCCUUUGCUUUAGGCUUCACGCUUGAAAAUUUGGUGGUACGGACCGCGAAUGGGCAGUGGGAAGUAGGAAGCCACGAGAUAUCAGAAGCGGACGGUUCGGCCAUGUCUUCGUCGAAAGGAAACCUUGGUCCCAAUAUGUACGCCGUCAAGAACAACAAGAUCGGAUUCUUUAACAAGAUAUCACUGUACUGGGACGAUGAACCCCCUUUGUUGUUGGCCGAAACAGAUAUGUUGCGUGGAAAUUUACGCAAAAUAUCCCCGGAACAAGUGCAAUCGCGUAUCUCGAGUGCCAUGAAGGCCUUGUUUCGCCAACCAGAGCCGGGUAAAAAAAUUCGUCAGAGUUUGUCGGAACCAGUACCGUUGGACAUGGACGAGUCAAAACCCCAUCAGUAUAUUUGUGAGUCCCUCGAGGUUGAAAUGAGAGGACGUACGAGCGAUCGUUCCUUGCCGGGUCCCAUUUCCUGUUCUUUUGACGUUUUACCGUUUGAGUUCACCUUUAACGUGCGGCCCCACCAGUUUCUACAGUACCAAAGGCUCAAGAUGGCCAUUAAAUCGCAGCAGCGAUUCGAUACCAUGCUACGGCAACGACCAACCGUGAGUCCAUUACAGAAUCCGAAGGCUUGGUGGAAGUACUCGAUUGCGUGCGUCACCUCGCGACCGAACUCGCGUCCAUGGGAAGAUGUGUUGCGCAUCAUCAAGAGCCGUCCGCGAUAUAUUGAAUUGGUUAUCAAGAAGAACGUUUCCAAGUCGGACAACAACGCUUACCACGCAGGACUUUCAAUGCCGGAAAGCUCCGAACUUUUAGCGCUGGAAGACCUUUUGCCGAUUGAGUCCUUGACGGCAUUUCACCUCAUUGCGCUACGGAGCGCGUACAGGUUGCAAAAGCGUGAUAAGGGUACAUCCAAACUACCGCCUAUUUCUGAUCCACGCCAACCAACGGACCAAAUACCUAGAGAUACAAGACGAAAGAUGGGUCACUUUCGUAUGCUUCGAGGGUCGAGCCGCUCAAAGACGUUCCAUCGCUUGACAGAUUCUGAGUUCGAAGCUCCUUUAAUGUAUGGUCAACCCAGAGAACUAGAAGUGCCCAAAACGCCUCGAAUGGAAACGUCGGUGGCACGGCGCCCCGAGGAUUGUCUUGCCACGUCGCAGACGGUGUCGCUGUUCGAAGCCAUGACCAUGAGAUUGGGCAAAAAAGCUUGGUUUGUUGACUGCAAACUUCACGAUGCCAUAGUGAAUGUGGUUCUUUUGAAUACCGAAGGAGAUAUCCCUGUGGCCACUUGUGUCACAAGAGCAAGCGGUGCUGCCCGCUCUUUUGGACUCGGCAAGCGUGAUUUGCUCUUUGAUGUCAGUCAAUUCGAUGUCUUUCAUGGUGGGAGUGAAAUUUUGUUCGUUCGAGCAGCUGAGGGCAAUGCUAUUUCUGAAGAGCACGAAUUGAUCGAGUCAGGAGGCUCCCCCCGCCGCGGAACGUCGCUUCGACUGUGGAGAAAGCGAGGAGCCGAAACUGGAGCUCCAGACCUUGAAACACCCUCUAGAUAUCUUGAACUUCCACCGGAAGGUACCGUUUGCCGCAUUGCUGCCGCAAAGGUCCAUGGAAAACAUUUUUUGAGCAUGUCCGCUCAUCCGGCUACGCUUGUUUGGACCACAACAUUACUGUCAGACUUAUCGGAGUUUUCCCCCAGUGAAUCCCUGGAGCUCCAGUCAAACUUAUCACAGCAUAUCCGGAAUGCAGCUACACCUCUGGCGCGAAAAGCUCAACUGGCUCUUCUUUCACCUGCUUCCAUGGCUUUGCACAUCAAUAUUUCAGCUCCAAAAGUCUGGCUUCCCAUGAUUUCCAAUGAUAGUCAAGGUGCCUUGUUUUUGGACUCUGGACUGCUCAAGUUUUCGAGCGUAAAGGGUGUAGGGGAAUCUGAGGUCCAUUUGCAAGCUCAAGUUAGUGACAUUCGGGUGAAGUUCUUGCGCGGUCGCACGCUACCGUCUCUUCCAGAAAAUGCGCAGGUUCACUUGCUUUCGCAUUUGAUGGAAACAGGGGUAGGGCGAAGUGAGACUUCAGUUGUACAGCCUUUUAGCAUCACUUUGAACACUAUCAGCUCUAUGAUUCAACAGGACGACUUUGGAACAAGCUGGCUGACGGACGGGUUUGAGGUAGGGAGCCCUGUUCGAAGGGUGAUGGUAGAGAUUGGUCCGGUUCGCUUAAACCUAGUAGACGCUGAAGUCCUAGCCAGAGCAUUCGGAAGAUGGUAUUCAAAGGGAAUACGUCGCGUCCGUGCACGCGUGUCUAUAGGUAGCGUUGAGCAGUCUACCUCCCAUGGAAGUCACAGAACAGUUGAAUCUGCGCCCGAAGCUCGUUUUCCUCUUGAUAGUAUUCACCCAGUAUCGGUACCUGUGAUCAUGUCCCUUCGAAUAAAGAAAUUGGAGAUUGCUUUGGAAGGUCAUUCCAAAACGCAGCUUUUGGUGGACGAUGAUAGAAGUCUAGCGCCGCUUGACUCUUUUCAUAAAUCAUCCCCAUCCACUCGUGCAUACGUGGUCGAAGUGAUUGGAAUAGACAUCAAGCGAUUACGUCUGAGUCAACAAACUAAGACCAGUUUUUCUGUCUCUGACGCGGGCAUUGUUCGACUCGCGGACGGGUCUUCGUACAAUCCAAUGAGUGUACGCCGUGAAAGCUUGGGUGGAGGAGCUGUCCUGACCGCUUCACAUUUUCACGACGGCAUUACUCAUCUCGACGAGGUCGAGGUUGAUAUUGCCUCGACAGUACUCAGAGUGACCCCAACGACGCUGAAAGAUUGCGCAAAAGCAAUUAAAAAGAUUGCUGAAGUUACACAAUUGUUAACUAGAGAAAUGGAACGUAAGGUACAUGAAGAAGGUCGUCAGGCACGUCGUCGUGACCGCUCAGGUCGGAAUGACGCGACCUUUCAGACUGGAGUCUCUCUCGAACGUGCCGCUUCACCGACGUUUUCAGAAGCGAUGACCGUACAUACUGCGCUCGAUCCGCCCGCUUUGAGAUCUUCAAUUGACUCCAGCAUUCUUUUUCGGGUUACUCUAAAAGAGAGUACCAUUUUAGCUGGGUGUCCCACUGAAGCAACAAGAAAAACUAAACCGAGACAGAACAAAAGUACUUCAUUCGCCGUUAUUCAGGUCUUGUCGAAUACGCUAAUAAUGUUCCAAAGCAUUGAGAACCCAGACACGACAGGAACGAAAACACUUCACGUCAGCAUCGACAACCUUUCCUCUCUUGUCAACACGGAAUUCGAGAGAGUUUCUCCCUCUCAAGUACCCCCGAUGAUCGGUCCUACGGGUGUAGAGUUUCGAAUUGUGUACAGUACUGAGUGCUUGGGUUGCAUUGUCUCCCAAGAAAUUUCUUUUGACUGCGAUGUAAUGAAGUGUUGUCUCACGCCCAACGAUCUGAUGAUCAUGUUGAGUAUUUUCAGUAAGAUGUUUGACCGACUUCGAGUUGUUGAUCUGUCUCACGGUGUGAAUACUGAGUUACAAGAGCAACGUAACGGACCUCGAGCUCGCCCGUUUUCAUCAGUAGUUCGUUAUCAAAGGAAAGGCACAGGUAUUGCCACCAGAGUUCGUCUGGACGUACAAACGUUCUCGUUCGUUCUUCUGAGAGCCUACAAAUCCCAUUCUGGUGCUCCAGAGUUUUUGGAUAUCAACUUACAAGAGAUCAAAGGUCAUCUUGAAGGAUGUUUGUCGGCAUUGUCUGGCGACUGCUGUGCGGAAGUUUCUGUAAAGUUUUUCAAUUCGGAAGCCGCAGAUUGGGAGCAUGCUAUUGAGCCGUUUCUCUUUCGUCUGACGAUCGACCAGAUGCCGAACGAAUUGCUUUUGCGCCUCAAUACGGAACAGCAGAUUCAGCUUAACUUGACAGGAAAGCUUUUCCGAGACUUCUCCGAGAUGAAGUUCGACAUCCGGCGCGAUACAUUAAGUGCUGGGUACAGCAACGGCGAGGUCCUAUCUCCGUCUGUGCUUUCGACCGUAGGCCUUCGACGAGCCUCCGAGGCUCGGUCGGUGAAUUUGAAGAAUCUUUGCGGCUUCGACGUCUGUGUUCUUCCCACUUCUUCGGCAUUGAAUAUCGAAUCUGGUCUAGUACCGGCCGGUUCAGAAAGUAUUUUAAAUGGAUUGGGAAGCAUCACAAAGGAAGACAUAGCGGGUGAAUUAUCACUUAGUCUCAUUGUACCAGAAAGCGCAUUUAGCAAAAUCGGACCACGACAACCAAUUUCUGAACUUCGAGUCGGACCAUCCGUCAGCGCGCAUAAACGCCUGUGUAUUCUAAAGCCGUUCCCUGCCUCCGUUGAUUAUCCUGGAUAUGUCGAAUCUAACGGUGGAAGUAAAAGUUCUGAUAGUGCGUUGUCGGAAGCUUCUGCGUCUCCGCGACCACACUACGGUGCCGAGCCUGUAGUAGAAUUGUGCAUGCAUAUCCAAAGACUACGUUCAAGCGUUGCAGAUGUAUUUAGUCUCAAUAAAGGACACGAUCUUCUGUCGUCCAGUAUAUGGUCACCCGAAAAUAGUUUGAAUAUAGAUGUAACGACAUUCAGACCAAAAGAUGAAAGUGAGGACGCUACUGGUGGCAAUCUGGCUCCUCUCUUUCCUGAUUGCAACUCUCAAAAAGCAGUUAAGAGCAAUUGGCUUCGGCCAUAUCUGAAGAACGAUACUCCGGAGUGGACGGAUACGACGUGCACGCUUAGGAUGGCACGCGACCGUGUAAUGCUUCCGGAUCGCAACUGGAUUUGGGUCGACGACUGGAAUGUUGACAUAAGUGGUGCUCUUUGUGAAAGUACGGACGCAGAUGGCUGGGAAUACCAGGAAGACUUUGUGGGGUUCGGAAGAUUCAGUAGGCAUUACCAACGAGGGGAUUCCUGUCGACGAAGGCGGUGGACACGAACUCGUAUUGAACGGCCCUUAAGGCUCAAAGAUCCGAACCAAAUUUUCAAGAUUGUGUGGGAGACCUCCGAAGACGACAACGGAAAUUAUUCCAUCACCGUACGAAGCCAUGUACGUUUAAAAAAUUCGACGGCAGGGCCGUUGGGUCUUUUCGUUUACAGUCCUUCAUGGGAUUCGGAUACCUUUGUGGGUAUAGCUCAACCCGGAGAGUGGCAAUGUGUGCCGGUACUCUUCGCCACUGCAGUUUACCUCCGACUAGCGCGUGUCAGACGAAGCCAUGAGACUGUCUCUCUAGAGGACACCACAAUGACUGGUCGUAUGAUGAUACUUCCGUCGAGCUAUACUGCAUCACGGUUUGUACGGACUUUCAUGCAUCUCGAAGAUGUAUCUAGGACGACUUUGCACUUCAUGCUAGAGAUCAAAUGUGAGCGUGGAAUGGUUGACAUAAUUGUGGAGCCCGUUGUGCGUAUCGUGAACCUACUCCCUUGUCAGCUCGAAUGCCAACUGGGAGAAGUAAUUACCUCCGGGGACCGUCGGCCGCAUGAUUCGCGACCAGCGGUUGGAGGGGACGAAAUCAAAAUUGCGAAGACGGAGACAUUGAGCAUACGAACCGGCGAAGAAAAAGCUUGUACGGCCGUUAGUCCUUGGCUGAAUCCUCACAUUUCACUUCGUCUACCGGGAUAUCGAUGGUCUUCUUGGUUCCGCAUCGUGAACCGGAAGGCAAACUCGACUACAUGGCGUCCAUCUGCAUUAGAGGAGGAUUGUCAGUUUCUUUCCAAAAAGGAAGGCGAUUUUCCGGACGAGUUCAAAUGGGUUGUCAAAUUUGAGAGGAUGGGGCAAUCAGGGGACCCAUUGCUUGUUGUUCUCAGCAUUGAAUGUGCACACACUCCAAUUCUUCGUGUCUACGCUCAGUAUUUGGUGGUCGACAAGACUGGCUUUGGCUGUCGCUUUACGGAUGCUUUCGUGGACUUACUCGGGUCAGCGCCCAACGCCGAAGUUUCUCGACGUUCUCAUAUCUUACCCCACGAUGCUAAUAAUCCGGAUAUGAAAGGUGAUAUGACGACUCCUGGUCAUCAAUGGUCAAUUGGAAUGAGUGGUAUGACUAUGUACUUUUCUAGACGCGAAAAGCUUGCUCUUGCGAUUGAGACGGGCGCCGGUAACGGCAAACGCUUCAGAAAAUCUCAGACUGUCCGUUCGAAAUGGGUGUCCCCUAUGGACGUUUCGAACGUCAUGCCGAAAACAGCGUUUUCCGUUGAUGAACUGAAUGGAAUCAAACGCUUUGAACUUGCAAUUAAUGUGACAAUUUGUCCCGGGGCCUUUGGUCGGACAAAGCUUAUUUCUCUUUUACCCCGGUACCAAAUUGUGAAUCUCCUUCAUCGAGAGCUCGUUUUUGCACAGGAUGGAUGUUUAGGGGCGGAAACAUUAAUACCAUCGCAAUCAUCGGUUCCUUUUCACUGGGAACAGGGAAUAUUGGAACCGAAGGUGCGAUUGGGGGCUCCUUCGAUUCAAGAACGCGACAGCCGCGCUUUUGGAAAAUGCUGGACAAAUGGAAAGUUACGGUUGGACAGAGUUGGGAUUACUGCGAUGCGCUUGCCUACCGACAAUACUUUAUCGAGGUCACCGAUGGUUAUUCAAGCGGAGGUUCGACUAGCGACCAAAGACCAAUCGUCGGCUGUCGUGGUGGUCAUCUGGUCGGCAAAUGAAAAGUCCAAUCCGCUUUAUUUGCUACGAAAUACUUCACUUUAUACAAUUCUGUGUCGACAGCCUCUUCAAAAGGACGAGGAAGAAAAAGUCGGAUCUAAUGGCCAUCCAUUCAUGGUGGAUGGCUGUUCGCCUAGUGCGUUGGUUCACGACAGCUUUGAAUGUGGGGCUGAAAUUGGACCCAUGAUCAGAAAUUUCUUGGGAGUGGAGAAGAUACAGGAUUUUGUGUGGGUAUUGAGUCCAGGCGACGUCGUGUGCUUUGGUUUUGACGAUCCAGAAAAGCCUCAAAUACUGGAGUGGACAUACGUUGGGAGGGGCCUACCUAGCUUUCAUGAAGAAUGUAGGAAAGCACAGAUGGAAGUAAAUGCAAUGGGAUCAAGUAGUAUUCUUGCAGUUGCUGGCGGUGGCAGAAUUGUGUGUCAAAUUGGAGCGGAACAUUCAACAAAAGUUAUUGAGUUCAUGACCUACGGAAAUUCCUCUGUUUUGGAAAAUUUGGACGAAUGUCUCAAUCUGAGUACCUUGCUAAACGAUGACCUCAAGUCUCCAAUCAAUAUCAGUUCAGAUAUCACGCAACGCGAAAGCCCAAUUCAGAUCGUAGACGAAGACGAUGCUGUAGCCUUUAGCAUUCGGGUAGAUGUUCCGA